AUGGCAUUGAUUGGUGAAGACGAGGAUAUGAGAUUGCAAGGCUUACCUGGCUACAACUCAGUAGAGAUUCAACUGGAGAAAACAAGAAAUUUGGAACCAAAUUCUGGUGGAUCUAAACUGAAGACACCUGCAAAAAUUAGCUACCGUGAAUGCCUCAAGAAUCAUGCUGCAAGUAUUGGAGGAAAUGUGACUGAUGGGUGUGGGGAAUUCAUGCCCAGUGGUGAAGAAGGAACCCUUGAAGCCUUAAAGUGUGCAGCUUGCAAUUGCCACCGCAACUUUCACCGCAAAGAACACCAUGGUGAGGCGGCUGCAGCAGGAAUAAUCCACCCUCUUCCACUCCCACCACCACUGCCUUCUCCAUCAAUGAGCCAACACCGCAUGGGAGUGCAAAAUAUCAACCACUGGGGUUCACUGAUCCAUCCAGUGAAAAUGGCUUUUGGUAGUGGUGGAGGUGGAGGAGGCGGUGGCAGUGUAGGUACAGACUCUUCAAGUGAGGAGCUCAACUUCAAUGAUUAUCAGUCCAACGCCAUGGCGGCCCCUCCACCACCGCAGUUUAUCAACAAGAAGCGGUUCCGUACAAAGUUUACUAACGAGCAGAAGGAUAAGAUGCUAGAAUUUGCAGAAAAACUGGGGUGGAGGAUUCCUAGAGAAGAUGACACUGAAGUGCAAAGGUUCUGUGCUGAAGUUGGGGUUAAAAGACAGGUUUUCAAGGUUUGGAUGCACAAUAACAAGAGUUCUUCUGCCAAAAAGAAUCCCCAAGAACUUUAG